UGACUCAUCGUUUUGAGAUUUGUUCAUCAACAUUUUCGGAAAUGCAGCAUAAUUUAUCAAAUACAACACGAUACAUCAAUAAAAACUACACUGGAUAAAGAAUGACUGGGAAAUGGAAAUUUAACUUGACAGUGGUUGAAAAGACAUUUAACUAAAUACUUAACAAAAACAAAAUCACACAUAUCUUGAGAGUACCUAGUUCGAAAACAUUUGUAAGGACAAAAUGUCAAGUAGCGGAAAAACAUCAAGAACAAAACUUGUGAAAGUCGUGCUGUUAGGAGAUGGUGGUGUCGGGAAGAGUUCACUUAUGAACCGAUUUGUUACAAAUAAAUUUGAUUCUCAGUCAUACCAUACGAUAGGAGUAGAAUUCCUUAAUAAAGACAUAACAGUUAGUAAUAACACUUAUACCAUGCAAAUCUGGGAUACAGCUGGUCAGGAGAGAUUCAAAAGUCUGCGGACGCCCUUUUAUAGAGGCGCUGAUUGCUGUCUUCUCACAUAUUCUGUUGAUGAUAUCCAAAGUUUUAAAAAUCUAACAAUGUGGAAAAAGGAGUUUCUUUAUUAUGCAGAUGUUCAGGAUGAAGAACAUUUCCCAUUUGUGGUCCUUGGAAACAAAGUUGAUAUCCCGGAACGGCAGGUUUCAAUUGACGAUGCCCAAAUAUGGUGUAACCAUCAUAAAAUUCCAUAUUAUGAAACAAGUGCUAAAGACUCUACUAAUGUUCAAAUUGCGUUUGAAGGUGCUGCAAAACGUGUUAAAGAACAAGAGGAAAAAUUGGACUUGAAAUCCCCGCAUGCCAACACAGUAGACCUGAACAAGCGAUUACCAAAGUCUGGGUCCUGUUGUUGAAUAAGCUCUACUUCAAAUGAAUUACUACAGUGCGCUUAAUAAUCCUAAAGAAAGAAUCACAUCAGUAAAGGGUCAGAUAAACAAAACAAGGAAGUAUUUACAUGAAGAUGUAUACUCAUAGGAUACCAAAGAUUCUGAAACUGAGUUUGAAUCCAGUUGUUAGCAGUUAGCGAUCUCUCCAUAAGUGUAAGCAAAGCUUAUAAAUAUUCCUUGAUUAAUUCAAAACUAGAAAAUAUAUUAGAAUGAUGGAUUCCUAUUUACUACAGGAUGAUCAAACAAAUGGAAACACUGAAAUUUUCUCAUAACUUUUCCAUUUUAGGAAAUUGUUUGACACAUUUGUGUGUCAUUCAAUAUCCUACUAUCCUACCAUCCUACCAUAUUUCAAGACCAAGACCAUCAGACUAAUAGUCACAAUAUUACAGCACUUUGAACAACAUCAUGGAACAUGCUUCAGGUGUGGUCAUCAUUGUGUUGUAGCCAAACCUGCACAAGUUGUCAAUGACCCAGCUGCAUUCCUCAGCAGGUAAACCUGAAUGACACCAAUAAUCUCUCUUUUGAGGUCUGUUAUUGUCCUGAGAUCAUUCUCAAACACUUAAGCACAAUAGUAACGUUGUGACUACCAGUCUGGUCAUGAAAUAAGGCAGGCUG